UAGCGUCAGGGCGGUGCGAAGAUGGCGGCGGCGGCUGGGCCUGGGGCUGCUGAGGCGCCGAGCUCGCUGCUACUCGUGGUAGGCGGCGAGUGCGGGUGCCCGGGGCUGCUGGCCUACGUGCUGGAGGAGCUCGAACGAGGCAUCCGGUCUUGGGACAUUGACCCUGGCAUCUGCAGCCUGGAUGAGCAGCUCAAGGUCUUCGUGUCCCGGCAUUCAGCCACCUUCUCCAGCAUCGUAAAAGGCCAGCGCAGUCUGCACCACCGUGGAGAUACCCUGGAGACCCUGGUACUUCUGAACCCAUCAGACAAGUCCCUCUGUGACGAGCUCCGGAACCUUCUGCUGGACCCUGCCCCUCACAAGCUAGUGGUGCUGGCCGGGCCCUGCCUGGAGGAGACAGGGGAGCUGCUGCUUCAGACUGGGGGCUUCUCACCCCGUCACUUCCUCCAGGUCCUAGGGGACAAAGAGAUCCAGGAUCUCCUGGCUUCUGCACCCCCACCUGCAGACCCGCCCAAGCUCACCAUCACCUGCCCAUCCUUUGGCAACUGGGCCCAAAUAGCACCUGAAGUUACCUGCCUCCAGGGCGGGCUCCGGCUGCAGCUGAACCCACCGGUGCAGCGGCCAGUCUCUGAGGGCCUGCGUGAGUUCCUGGAGUAUGUAGCUGAGUCACUGGAGCUGCCAUCCCCCUUCGAGCUGCUCGAGCCACCGGCAUCCGUGGGCUUCCUUAGGCUCGCCCGGCCCUGCUGCUACAUCUUUCCUGGUGGCCUCGGGGAUGCCGCCUUUUUCGCCGUCAAUGGCUUCACCAUGCUGGUUAAUGGAGGCUCGAACCCUAAGUCAAGCUUCUGGAAACUGGUGCGGCAUCUGGACAGAGUGGACGCCAUGCUGGUGACUCACGCAGGCGCUGAUAGCCUCCCGGGUCUCAACAGUCUGCUGCGGCGCAAGCUGGCAGAACGUGAGGAGGCGGCGGCCGGUGUGGGCUCCGAGGAUGACAGGCUGCGAAGGCUGGUCUCACCUAGCCUUGGCGUUGUGUUCCUCAAUGCCCAUGGGGUUGCCUCGCGUCUGGCGCGUGGCGAGGAUGAGGCAGAGCUGGCCCGGAGCCUACUGGCUCGGCUGGGCAUCACGCCUUUGCCCCUGAGCCGAGGGCUGCUGCCAGCCGAGCCCACUGUGCUCUUCCAGAAAAUGGGUGUUGGUCGGCUAGACAUGUAUGUGCUGCACCCGCCCUCAACCAGUGCUGAGCCUGCGUUGGCCUCUGUGUGCGCCCUGCUGGUGUGGCACCCUGCAGGUCCCACUGAGAAGGUGGUACGUGUGCUAUUCCCUGGCUGUACUCCACCUGCCCGCCUGCUGGAUGGUCUAGUCCGCCUGCAGCACUUGGGGUUCUUGCGAGAGCCUGUGGUGACCCCCCAAGAUCUGGCAGGGCCUCGGCGUGCUGAGAGCAAAGAAAGCGUGGGCUCCCGGGACAGCUCGAAGAGAGAAGGCCGGACUACAGUGCCUGCCAGGCCUGCCCAGGAGCGUCCUGGGGUGGCCCGGAAGGAGCGGCCACGGGCUGAGGCCCCUCGCAGGGCUGAGAAAGAAUCUAGGCCCCCCCAGGAGGUGAAGAAGGACCCCAAGCCGAGCAUGCCUCGGACUCAGCCCCGGGAAGUGCGCCGGGCAGCUUCCGCUGUGGUCAGUGGCAAGAAGGCAGGUGCCCAGGCAGCUCCCAAGCCCCGAAGAGCACCCAACACCCCCCGCCCAGGUGUCCCAUUGGUGGAGAAUGGGCCCCGUACCCCUUCCAGCUUCCGCUGCAGAGAGGACAACCCCCCCAUGGAGGCCAGCAGCUCCCCAGCACCCCAGCUGGUGGCCACACCCAGCCAGGGGAGCAGUGUGGAGCUGGGGCUGAGCCCUGCCAGGGAGGACAGUGGCAACCUAGAGGAGAAGACACAAGAGCAGCAGGCGUCCACUGGCACUCCCCUGCCAUGCACCCCCUCACCCACUGGAGCCUGCCAGGGCCUGGCUGAGGGCAGCAGGAGACUGUCACUGAGCCCACUGCGGGGUGGGGAGGCCGGGCCUGAUGCCUCCCCCACAGUGACCACACCUUCCCUGCCAGCUGAGGUGGGCUCCCCACACUCCACAGAAGUGGAUGAGUCCCUGUCUGUCUCCUUCGAGCAGGUACUGCCACCUCCUCCUGCCCCCAUGAGUGAGGCUGGGCUGAGUCUCCCACUUCGAGGCCCCCGGGUGCAGCGCUCAGCCUCCCCACACGAUGUGGACCUGUGCCUCGUGUCUCCCUGUGAGUUUGAGCACCGCAAGGCUGUGCCCAUAGCACCAGCCCCCACAUCCCCCGGCAGCUCCAAUGACAGCAGUGCCCGGUCCCAGGAGCGGGCAGGUGCCAUGGGAGCUGAAGAAACACCACCCACAUCUGUCAGUGAGUCCUUACCAACGCUGUCUGACUCAGACCCUUUGCCUGCCGCCCCGGGCACUGCAGACUCGGAUGAGGACACAGAGGGCUUUGGAGUCUCUCGCCGCAAUCCGCUGCCUGACUCUCUCAAGGUCCCCCCACCACUGCCUACUCCCCCCAGCAUCUGCAUGGUGGACCCCGAGCUGCUGCCCCCUGAACAGGCCCGGCUGACAGGUGGCCUCAGCCGUACCCGGAAGUCUCUGGUCCGCCCCACCCCUGGAACCACCACCCCCAAAGCCACUUCAGUGAGCGCUGCCAAGACCAAGGCGCUCGCCGGUGGAGACCGAACCAGUCGGCCACUCAGCACUCGGAGUGAGACCAGUGACAAGGGAGGUCGGGCACCUCUAUCCAGAAAGCCCUCGGUCCCCAAGACAACCACUCGGGGCCCAUCUGGGUCAGCUGGUAGCCGGCCAGGUGGGUUGGAGGCCUCACCUGGCUCCCCAAUCUACCUUGACCUGGCCUACCUGCCUAGUGGGCACAGUGCCUGCCUGGUGGAUGAGGAGUUCUUCCGGCGGGUGCGCGCACUCUGCUACGUCAUCAGUGGCCAGGACCAGCACAAAGAAGAGGGCAUGCGGGCCGUCCUGGAUGCACUGCUGGCCAGCAAGCAGAAGUGGGACCGUGACCUCCAGGUGACCCUGAUCCCCACCUUCGACUCAGUGGCCAUGCACGAGUGGUAUGAGGAGACACAUGCCCAGCACCAGGCGCUGGGCAUCACAGUGCUGGGCAGUAACAGCACAGUGUCCAUGCAGGACGAGGCCUUCCCUGCCUGCAAGGUGGAAUUCUAGCCCCACAUCACCCCCAUCCUGACCCUCACCCCUCGAACCAAAUCUGCCACUGUCCUGAGAGUCACUGCAUCAGAAAUAAAUCAAGUGUCCCACUCA